CCUCCUCCUGCUGGUGGUGGUGGUGGUGGUGGUGGUGUUGCCUCCCCUCAGUCAGUGCUCAGCGUUCUCCCGCGCAGGGUGGUGGAGGUGCCUCUCAACACGCCCCUCAUUGCGUUAGUGCGUGCGGUAGUGCGUGAGCUUCUUAAUUCACCACCAAAUUAGCGAAACGGAAACAGGAAAGAUAGAGAUAGAAAAAAAAGAGUGAGAGGACAAAAUUAUCUCUAACUAAACGAAACAGAGACGAGAGAAGGAAGAAAGCGAAACGAGAAAGAAUAAAAGAGACUAGAGAUUAUGUGAAUGUCUCGGCGUGAGGACAGUGAUACCAUUACUAGUGGAGCGGGCGUGGGUGUGGGCGUGGAGGGGCGGGAGUGACCAGGGAGAGGAUGACCCGAGGACCUGCAGCUGCUGACGAAGAAGAGGCGCUGCUGCAGAGGGUGUGACGUGUCCUCCCACCCUGCUGCUGCUCCUUGUUGUUGUUGUUGUUGCUUGUUAUUGUUAUUUGGUGGUAGUGGUGGUGGUGGUACUGCUGCUGCUGCUGCUGUUGUUGUCUUCGUCUUCGUCGUCGCCUCCUUCGCCAGCUGACGCCUCGAACACCAAGCCUAUGACAUCAGCUAUGAAUUUUCUACCGGAUAUAAAGAAGCGUGUGAAGAAAGGAGGGGGGAGUCGCACCCUACCGUCAGCCGGAGGAACACCAACACGGGGGGUGGACAGCCCAGGGGGUGUACGUGGCAACACCCCCAUCGACCCCUCAGAGGCCAUCGGCUGGGCUGUGGUCAAGUAUAACUACCAAGCACAGCAGAUGGAUGAACUGUCACUAGUGAAAGGCACAAGAGUCCUCAUCCUGGAGAAGAGCAACGAUGGAUGGUGGCGAGGUCACUACAACAACUUGGUGGGGUGGUUCCCUUCCAACUACACUACAGAGGAGCCAGCGGAGGAUGACCACACCUACACCAUGGCGGAGAAUGUGUUGGACGUGGUGGUGGCUCUUUACUCCUUUACGGCCCAGAAUGAACAUGAGCUUUCAUUCACCAAGGGGGAGAGGAUGGAGGUGCUGGACCGGCCUCCCUCUGACCCUGAGUGGUAUAGGGCCAGGAACACACAGGGCCAGGUUGGUCUCAUCCCAAAGAAUUACGUACAGGAGCUUCACGAGGUGGUGGACGCCCGAACACCAAGAUCCAGGGAGCCCUCACAGACCAGGCAGCUCCCUCCGCCCGGCCCCAGCAACAGUGCCCACCCUGCCCCGGCCACCAACGGGGGUGCCCACAAUGCUGAGACUCAUUUGGCACAGGGAAUGCAGGGGAUGAACAUAAACGCAGCUGCCCCCACCCCGCCUGCCCCUGCCAUGUCCGUGGGGAGUGUGCCGCAGGACAAGAGCCACUUCACCACCCGGGAUUGGUACUACGGCCCCAUCACGCGCGCCCAGUGUGACGACAUCCUGAACCAGCGGGGCCACGACGGGGACUUCCUCAUCAGGGACUCGGAAACCAACGUUGGUGACUUCAGCGUGUCGUUGAAGGCCGCGGGGCGCAACAAGCACUUCCGGGUCCACGUGGAGAACGGCCUUUACUGCAUCGGCCAGCGGAAAUUCCAAAACCUGGACCAGCUGGUGGACCACUACCAGCGGUCCCCCAUCUACACCAGCCAAAAGGGGGAGAAGCUCUACCUAAUCCGACCGUUGCCCAAGCCAUAAAUAAGCUUUUAGAGUCUUAAUGCUGUAUAAGUAACAAUAAUGUCCCCUCACUUGCCUCCAACACUCCAACGCUCUCCGCACAAACAGUGACGGAAAGACCCCAGCCUCCGCCUCAACCACUCCCUCUCCACCUCUCCUCUUUCCCCUCUCCUGCAGGUUGAGCCUGAGAACUUACUACUUUUCCUUCGCCGCAAGAAGUUGACCUCCUGGCGUCCUCCUCCCAGCCAUUAGCUCUUCCUUCACUGUACUAGAGGAAAAGAUAACAGAUGCCGUGAAUCUAUUUUAUCUUGUCGAGGCAUGAAGGUAUUGGAUAGAUUGUAAUUUUAUAUCAUUGAUCACAUGCAUUACUAGACUAACUUGAGCCCCUCCCCUGCUCCCCUACACCCUUUGCUAUUCCACCAGUAACCUAAGCAGCUAUUUUGUCGGCUGCUAUUGACCGAGGGGCGACCGUGACAGACGUUCUGCCGUGUCGCUCCUCGCCGGUUCACAGGACACUGAAGAAGAGAAAAAUGUAACUACAGGCAACUAUGGAGACACUUUCUUACUUAAUGCUCUGUGUGUAGCUUAGCAGUAAUAUGACAUAACAGUAACAAUCUGAAUCGUGCUGUCUUCUCCACGGAAACGACUGACUGCUGUCACGUCGCUGGCCUUCAGUGGAUGCUGUGUUUUUUCAGUGUGCUUGGAAUGUGCUGUCUGGUCCUGUACUAAGGCUCACCACUGGUUGGUUGGUUCCUGUACGUACUCCAGUGAUCCUUGGAGAUUCUUGCCCCUCAAACAACUCAGUGAACUUGCCACCUGACAAUCCAUGUGAUUUUGAAAGGAUCGGAUGACUGGUGGCUGGUGCAGAGUGUGAAGACCUGCACGCGGUGACUCCUCGUGCUUAUGCAAUAACACACGACAGGUUUUGGUCCGGCCGGGAGUUCACACGCACUACUUGACUCGUCAUCCUGCUGGUGGUGGUGGCGACGAUUUCUAACAGGACUUGACUUUGUGUGAGUGGAGAAAUAGGCUUUCUUAUAAAGUACCCUUUGUGUGUUAACCUGUCACUCGCACCACAGACGCCAACCAGAACCAGAACACCCUAAGAGAAAUACACAGAAGUACACAGAAUCCACACAUGAACUCCCAUGAUCACCCUUCCACCAGCAUAACAAGCAUAACAGGAACAAGAAACCCCAACUCUACCAUGCUGAGCAGAUGCCCACUAAGCUCACAGGGUGGAGCCGUUCCCAGCAGCACCAACUGUCCCCCAGAUACACACCAUCUCGCAAUGCAGACCUGUCAACACCACAACAGGACCAGAUUCACACAACAGUAUUAACAUGCCAGCAACAGACUGUGCUGCUGUAACUUCUCCGCCGUGGUGCUCCAGCCGGGGGCUCGGCUCCUGGGUGGGCAUAUGAUGAAGAAGCCUGUGUGUGUGUGCGUGCGUGUGUGUGUGUGUGUGUGUGUGUGUGUGUGUGUGUGUGUGUGUGUGUGUGUGUGUGUGUGAGUGAGAGUGAGAGUCUGUAUAUGUGUAAGUGUGGGUGAAAGACAGAUUUGUGUACAUAGCCAGCCCCAGCAUCAGCCCUCAGCAAGUUUGGGGUUUUCUUUGUCCUUUCGUUCAUCUUCCUUUCUGAUCUUUAUUAUUUUUUAUACGUACACACACAUCAUGGCUCUAUUUUCCCACUCUUCCCCAGUGUUUUUAUCAUGUUUGCAUGACAACAAGGAAAGACUAUGAUAUUGUACUUUUAAGAGUAUCAUGUGUGUUGAUGAGGCUUGUGUGGUGAGUGAAUGUGUGUGUGAAUGUGUCAUUGUGUGUGGCCAUCUGUCUGUCUCUCGUAAGGUGUCUUAAGGAGUGAUUGAUGGUGUAUACUUCCUCCGAGCUAAUCGGAGGAAAACUUUUGCCGGUAAAUGUCCGAGAAAAGAAACAUUUCUCAGUUUUUUGUACGUACGUGUCUACUUUCAUGGCAGGUUUUCUAUGAAUUUAGCUUUUAGUCUAAUACUGCUUCUUAUUCCUACUAGUCAGUAUAGCUUGAGAGAUUUGUCCCUUUAAUAGCUAUCAUUGCAGCUUCUUAUUCUUCAGUUAAUGUCUAACAGCAUAUAGAUACAUAUAUAUAUAUAUAAAUACUAUAUCCCUGGAAGUAAGUCUUUAGUCAUGUUUGAGAGUCGCAAGAGAGCUGGCAGCCUUGUGUUUUGUUUGGCAUCUUUGUAUUAUGUUUGUUUUAUUUUGUGCUUUAUUUUUGUUGCAUCAUGCAUGUUUUGAAUGUCUGAUGAUGACUUCUUUGUACCUUUAAGUUUGCAUUUUGUUAAAUUAUAUUAUAUAUGUGCACAGUAAUCAUGGUUACAUGUUGUCAUUAACACCCGUGAUUCAAGGAACGCUCCCACCCCUCGCCUCACUAGUGCCACUCUUCCGUUCUCGCCGUUGCUCCCGCGUUUUGUCUCUUUUGCCGAAGAAUCUCACGCUGGAUGUUUCCUUGAAGUGGUGUGGAAGCGUUGCCUGUGAGUGCUGUGUGCUUGGUAAGUGCUAGUCAUAAGUUCGACCACCACCAUGGAAUUCAGCCGUGCUAUGAAGCAUACCAGACAGAGUGUCAGUCAGGUUCCAGCCUUUCACACACUUUCAUUGUUAUUGCAACGAUAUUGUGUAGCCUGCCACUGUUAGUCCCUGCUUUCCCCAUAACCAAAGAUUGUCCCGUUCUGGAUUCCUCCUCAAAGGUGUGCUUGAAACCGUAGGUCGGCCGCCAUGGCCCACCCGGCCCGGCGGCCAAGGUAAUGUUGCUGCCGUUAAUACUGGUCGAGAGUAAAGUAAAAACCUGUCCCUUCGCUCCGCUCCCUCUGGUUCCUCGGUUCGUACCAAACGUCUGGCCAAAAAAGUUUCUCAACAUUGGUGCUCCUCCUUCCCCAGAAAAUCUCGGCUAACCAAUUGGUCCGAGCGCAGAAGUCGGCUCAGCUCUUAACUUUAGUCGUGAACCAGAGGCAAGGUCUGGAUAGAUUUUGAGAUAAUACUCCUCUUUGUAUGAUAAACUGUUAAUAUACAGUAACUUUCCAGCCCCCUGAUCCACCUGCCCCACUCCCCAUAACAGUACAUGUCUGUGCUUCAAGUAAGGACGCCGCCUCUGCCGCCUCCCUCGGACCUUUUUAUAGUGCCGGCCGGGCCGUGUUGAUUGGGUGAGUGAGUGGGUGUUGUGGUGGCUGCGGCGACACACCAGGCCAGUGCACAAGGAGCGCGCCCGCCGGCCGGGGGGUGGCAGGAGAGGGUGUUGUGCCCCAGUACAGAAUUAAGUCACAAAGUCAGAUUAAUUUGGCGGCUAGUUAAUAGUGGACUGAGUAGUUGGUGACGGACUGUCCAGGGAGAGACUUGGAGAUGCUCAGUGUUGCCACUCAUUUAUACUUUUAUGUUUGUACAAAAUGUAACUACCUUAAAAUUUUUACAAAAUA